CUGUAGUGAAGCUCGGGCACAAGACACCGAGGGCGCGUGCACGCCCCCCCCCCAUCCACCGAGAGCAUUUACCGAACGGAGUAAGCGAGAAAAAGAGAGCGGGAUUGUGUUUACGACUAUCAGCACGAGACAAGCCCAAACCAGGGACGACGACCGCUCGCGCGCUCACGGUUCUAGACGCGCACGAAUACUUACGCGCUUCUUAUUCUCAUCGCUGGGACAUUUAUUACGCUACUGAUCAUUUACAACCAUGCUUUCUUUAUUUAUUUAACGUUUUAGCUGAACAUACUUUUCCCUUUCUGUUCCCUUGCUCUCUUUGAAUUGUGCUUUUUAGCAGAGGAGAGGAAAAGAACAGGAGGGGGACGUUAAUCACAUUGCUGCGUUCCUGGCCAGACGAGGAAAGGAGAGGAAACCUCGGAAACUGAAACGACUAGCUGGAGAUGCACCGGAACCUGCAACCAGAGAAUCUAUUCCAUACCGUCCGCUCAUCGCGUUGAUCCUAGAAAAACAGAUUUAACUCGUUCAUCAUCCUAUCUUUCUGUGUAGCAUCCGUUCAUCAUUUCCUCCCCCUCCUUUCGGGAAACCUCUACUCCGUGUCUGCGUCCUCUCCUUAUGCAUCUGGAGGCUCCGCAGCUGUAGUGGAGGACGCUGUGAGGUCUGGCCGGGUUGGGCGCUCCGUCCCCGGGGUGCGUCAGGCAGAGUGACUGCUGACUGGAGGAUGGUGUGGGUGUAAAGAUGGGGAAGGACCAGGAACUACUCCAGGCGGUGAAGACGGAAGACCUGCUCACCGUUCAGAAGCUGCUGCAGAGGCCCCGGCCCGGGAAAGCAAAGCUCCUUGGUUCUGCUAAGAGAGUCAACGUCAACUUCCAGGACACAGACGGGUUCUCUGCACUGCAUCAUGCUGCUCUCAAUGGGAACCUGGAGCUCAUAUCUCUGCUGCUUGAGUCUCAGGCUGCCGUGGACAUCAGAGACCAAAAGGGGAUGCGCCCUCUGCACUAUGCGGCAUGGCAGGGGAAAGCGGAGCCCAUGAAGAUGCUGCUGAAGUCAGGUUCAUCAGUCAAUGGCCAAUCAGAUGAGGGCCAGAUCCCUCUGCACCUAUCAGCACAGCACGGACACUAUGAUGUGUCAGAGAUGCUCCUCCAGCACCAGUCUAACCCAUGUAUCGUGGACAAUGCUGGGAAGACUCCUCUAGAUCUGGCCUGUGAAUUUGGCAGAGUUGGGGUGGUUCAGCUUCUGCUCAGUAGUAACAUGUGUGCUGCACUGCUGGAGCCCAAACCGGGGGACUCUACCGACCCAAACGGCACCUCUCCUCUGCACCUGGCAGCCAAGAAUGGACACAUUGACAUCAUCAGGCUGUUGAUCCAGUCUGGUAUAGACAUUAACCGCCAGACCAAGGCUGGAACGGCCCUUCAUGAGGCAGCUCUUUGUGGGAAGACUGAGGCGGUGCGCCUCCUCCUGGAUAGUGGAAUCAAUGCGACGGUGAGGAACACCUACAGCCAGACAGCGCUGGACAUAGUCUACCAGUUCUCUGCUACACAGGCCAGCAGAGAGAUCAAACAGCUUCUCAGAGACGCGUCAGCGGCCCUCCAGGUCAGAGCGGUGAAGGAUUACUGCAACAACUAUGACCUGACCAGUCUGAACAUCAAGGCUGGGGAUGUCAUCACGGUUCUAGAGCAGCAUGUUGAUGGGCGGUGGAAGGGCUGCAUUCAUGACAACCGGACAGGAAAUGAUCGCGUCGGCUACUUUCCUUCUACCUUUGUGGAGGUCAUCAGCAAGAGAACAGGUUUGCCGAGCACAGUCAUUAACACCCAACAGUUUCAAACGAUACAGCUCGUUCCCACGCCGACGGUCUCCCCCGCCAACUCAGCGGUCGUCAACGGCAACGACACGUUCCAUCAGUUCCAUAUCCUGCCUCCUCCGCCUCCUCCUCCUCCACAUACCCAUCAGCCACUGCUUCCACUUUUCACUUCCUUUGGCUAUAACAGGUCACCCGUGACGACCCCAGGUGACACACUCCCCGCCCCCCCAGGUUGUCGCGGCUCAGAGGCCAGCACUCACGGUUCCCCCACCCGGUCCUGCGGCCCCCAGGGUGGCUCCAGCGAGGAAAUAUGGGUGCUGCGCAAGCCUGGGCCAGGUGGGGACCGCAGUAGUGUGGGAAGCUCUGGCAGUGUUACCAGUGUGAGGUCAUCAGGAAGCGGUCAGAGUGCAGGAAGCUCCACCCACAUUCUCCAUGCACAAGCAGAGGGGGUUAAGCUCCUGGCCACUGUGCUGUCCCAGUCCACUAAAGCCAAGGAGCACCUGCUGGAGCAGUCCAAGUCGGUCGAGCUGUCUUCAGGCUCCGCCUCUGUACCUAGACAGUCGAGCCAGUCAGGAUGCCCAUUGCAUGAAGCUCCACCUUACGACACCACAGCAACCUGGAAGGGGGAGGGACAAGGCGAGGGGAAGAGCUCUGAGGCUGUUGUCCAAUGGCUGAGUGACUUUCAGCUCGAGGUCUACGCUCCAAACUUCAUCAGCGCCGGGUAUGAUAUACCCACCAUUAGCAGAAUGACCCCAGAGGAUCUCACGGCUAUUGGAGUUACCAAGCCUGGCCACCGCAAGAAGAUGACAUCCGAGAUCAACAAGCUCAACAUCGCUGAGUUGCUCCCUGACCAGAAACCAGCCAAUCUGGCAGAGUGGUUGACGGCAGUUGGGCUAAGCCAGUACCACCAGGUGCUGGUGCAAAACGGAUAUGAGAACAUCGACUUUAUCACCGACAUCACAUGGGAGGACCUGCAGGAGAUUGGCAUCACUAAGCUGGGCCACCAGAAAAAGCUGAUGCUGGCCGUGAAGCGAUUGGCUGAGAUGCAACGUGGUUCUGAGGGGCGGAGUUCCACCAGGAAGAAGCCUGCUCCUCUCACACAGCAGCAGGAAGUGAUGUCAAUUGAUAACAUGCCGCUUGACAAUGAAGUCAUCACGUCUCCCAAGUUGUCCACCUUCCAGGACAGCGAGUUGAGCCCUGAGCUUCAGACAGCCCUGAUACAGCCUUGUCUAGAGGUCAAGGGUCCGAGGACCCGUAGCCUUAGCAAGGACCCAGAGGAGGGAGGAGUUGUUGUGGCAGGAGGACCACCACCUAAGAAGGAGGUUCGGACCACGCGCCAGGCCAACCAGGGGGGUCAGAGGGGUAGCACAGCAUCCAAACCUCGCCCCCCCUCCCACGCCCACUCCAUGCCAGCACCCCCCUACACCCCCCCUCACACCCCCAUCAAGAAGCCCCUCCAGUCUUCAACCUCGGCCCCGGGGCCCUCCCCCCAGGCCAGGUCCAAACCCUCCCCACAGCUGAUCCACGGAGAGAGACCUGGCUCCCCUCGCCCUCCCCCACAGUCUCCCCCCCACCGCAGGGUUCCUGCCACCCAGACCCCGCCCCACUCUGGCCCUCAGCCACAGCCCACACCCCAGCCUGGGGAAGAGGAGAGGGAGGAGGAGAAGGCACCCCAACCCCAGCCCAGCCCCCAGGUCUCAGGGCCUCUCCUGUGCCUGCCCCCGGAGGCGGAGGGGGGAGAUAUUGGGGAGAUGGGUGAGGACCUCCUUAAGAAGCGAGCUCACAGCCUGAAUCGCUACGUUGGGUCAGAAGGUGAGGGCGAGGAGAGGGGGGGUUGUGCGAUGGAUAGAGGCGUGGCCCCUGGCGGGGGGCUAGCCGGGGGCGGUGCAGGUAAAUAUGCAACAGUGACUCACCGCGUCAGCCGCAGCCACUCUGUACGCAACCAGGACAAGAAUGUAAACCGCAGCCAAUCGCAGUCCUUCGCCUUACGGCCCAAGAAGAAAGGCCCGCCCCCUCCACCGCCCAAGCGGUCUAGCUCAGCCAUCACCACCUCCAACUCCAACCUGACGGACACCAGCACGCACCCCCCGACAUACACACUCACAUCGGGGGGGCUCCUGGGGCUGCCCUACAACCCCCAGCGACGGGCCAGCGACCUGGGCGUCUCCGUGGAGACGGGUGUCGUGGACACAGGCAGCGCGGGCAGCGUGAGGAGCAUAGCAGCCAUGUUGGAAAUGUCCUCCAUUGGGGGCGGGGCAAAGGGCAUGGCAAUACAGAGGAACUUCCUGCAGGUGGGUAAGCAGAGAGAAGCCAUUGGUCUGGAUGGGGAAGUGGUGAACCGUCGUAGAACCAUCAGUGGUCCUGUGACAGAGUUGGUCGCCGCAGCUAGGAGGGACCGACCAACCCCUGUCCCCCUGUCCACAACACCCCAACUCUCUCCUCACCCCUCCUCUCCUCCCCCCUCCUCUCCUCACACUCCCUCUUCUGGUAGCUCAGCGGAGAACAUUCCCUUUGCUGAUGAGAGGAAACAGACCAUUAAGAGACUGAGAGGGGAGGGAGAGGGUGAUGGCAGUGGAGAUGGUCUCCAGGGAGACAGUGUGUACUCACUUCCCAACGACGAACUGUCACGAGUGGAUGCCACUGCGACCCUGAAGCGCCGUCCCCGCAGCAACAAAGCCCAUCCCAACGGGUCCCGCUUCACCCUGACAGAGUCAUCCACUGUCAAGCGGAGGCCCAAGAGCCGGGACAAGGAGCCGGACGGAUUCUCAGAGAGCGGCAUCGCUGAGAUCUCCGUGGCCUCAAACGCCGUGGCCUCCAGCAGUGUCACCUCCAACGCCGUGGCCUCCAGCAGUGUCACCUCAAACGCCGUGGCCUCCAGCAGUGUCACCUCAAACGCCGUGGCCUCCAGCAGUGUCACCUCCAACAUUGAGGCUUCCGACGUCGGGGUGAGCUCAGGGUCGGGCGUGCCGUACGAGAACGGCUCUUCUACUGUCAAACGCCGGCCGGUGUCUGAGGUGGCGGCGGCGGGGGCGGAGUCGAGUCCAUGCUCCGCCCCACUUCCUGGCAGGGAUGGCUCAGAUCAAGGAGGACCAAGCGGGGAGGACCGGGGAGCAGGGGGAACACCUGUGAGGAAACCCAAACCACCAGUCUCCCCCAAACCUGUCCUGGCUCAGAGGAAGAGACAGACCCCCCCCCACACACACACCUCUUCUAGGAAUGUUCCACUUCCUGGACCAGGUACCCCUGGGAGCCCAGUUGAAGGAAAGAAAAUCCCUCCCCCAGUCUCCCCCAAACCUGCCCCUCCCCCCACUGCUCCUAAACCAACCAAACACCUUCAUAAUACAACCACACCGCCCUCCCCUUCCUCCCCCUCUCCCUCCCCCGCCCGGGAGCAGUCCAUGGUCUCCCCCCUGUCUGCUGCCUCGUCCCCCUCCUAUUACAGCCCCGCAGCCAGACCCCCGAGCCCCCCAGCCCAGAGUCCCCACACCCCCCAGAGC